UUUUUUUGGGAAUUUCUCAUUAGAAAUGAAGAUGGAGGAAAGUUCGUUCCUUUCCGUGAACAAAAGGUGGUGCAAGGUAAAACCUUUGUGCCUUUAAAUCCUCAAUGUCCAAGUCUUGCAAAGGGUUGGCCAUGGAGCUAGUCAAGUGUCUCAGUGAAUCUGAUUGUGUUAAGGUUGAGAAGAGAUCAUAUAAGGAAUGUGUUGGAGAGAAGAGUCCAUGUAUACCAAGUGAGUGUGUUGGACUCAGGGAAACCUAUUUCAAUUGCAAGAGAGGCCAGGUUGACAUGAGAGCUAGGAUUCGUGGAAACAAGGGCUAUUAAUGAUCUCAUCAUACAUUUGAAAACUCUGAAGUUGUUCUGUCCAGUUGAGGUUCUUUCAAUUUUUAGCUCAAGACGAAGUCAACAAAAGUAAGAGAUGAGGGUGAAUCAGAGAAAUGGGAGGCCUUGUUAGUUGUUUGAUUUGAUGGCAUUGUAAGCUACACAUGCUCAUGGCAACAAUUUUGCUUUUAGAGAGAUCAUUAAUAUAUACUCUAUUUAGUAUUAACAUAGUAGUGCAUGUACAUUCACCUACAUUCUUGAAUGACACUUUCCACUUCCUCUUAUGAUAGUUCCUCUAAGGGUGAGGCUUGUAGGAUGCUCUAAGUGAUAGUUUCAAGAUUUGUUUGUCAUAAUUCAUGCAUCUCCAUUUUUUAUACAGUA